GCCCUUUUCCUAGUUUUCUAUGCGUGCCGUGUGCCGCCUCCUGCUCUCCGUCUCGGCCUGGAGCCCAGUUUGAAUCAUUCUCCCCUUCCCCAGUCUCCUCUCUCCUCUCUGCCCGCAUUCUCCUCCUCCCCCUUCCAAUUCUUAACUCCCCGAGCCCCCAAAAUCACGCACCCAGAGAGCGCUCCCGAAACCCUAGCCACACGUCCAUGGGGUGCACGCAGGGCAAGUGCUGCCUGCCUCGGCCCCCGGGGAGGGGCUCCGGCGGCGGGCGGGGGCGCGGCGGCGCCACCCUCGGCCGCGCCGAGGUGCCCGGCGCAGGGCUGCUGCUGGAGUACGCCACGCUGGACGUGGCGGGGCUGUACCCGGACUCGCCGGGCCGGGAGUCCCAGGACGCGCACCUCGUCGCCACGCGCUUCGCGGGGGACCCGGACCUCCACCUCUUCGCCGUCUUCGACGGGCACGGCGCCGCUGGCACCGCCUGCGCCGGGUUCGCGCGCGACGCGCUCCCGCGCCUUCUCGCCGCGGCGGCGGGGGCCGGGUCGCUGGCCGCGGACCCCGCCGCCGCGUUCCGGGAGUCGAUGCUGGGCGCCAACGCGGAGAUGCACGCGGCGGCGGGGGUCGAUGACUUCAUGAGCGGGACCACCGCCGUGGCGGCGCUGGUGGCCGGCGGCGCGCUUCACGUGGCCAACGUGGGGGACUCGCGCGCCGUCGCCGGGGUGUGGCGGGCCGGGCGGGUCGUGGCGGAGGACCUGUCGUGGGACCAGACCCCGUUCCGCGCCGACGAGCGCGCGCGCGUCAAGGCGUGCGGCGCGCGGGUCAUGUCCGUCGAGCAGGUGGAAGGCAUGCGCGACCCGGAGUCCGAAGGGUGGGUGCCCGACGAGGGGGACCCGCCGCGCGUCUGGGCGCGCGACGGCCUCUACCCUGGCACGGCCUUCACGCGCAGCCUCGGGGACCUCGCGGCCGAGGCGGUUGGGGUCAUCGCCGAGCCUGAGGUGAAGAGCGUGGAGAUCACUCCAGCCCACCUGUUCUUCGUUGUUGCGAGCGAUGGCGUGUUCGAGUUCCUCUCCAGCCAGGAAGUGGUUGACAUGGUUGCUAUGUAUCAAGAUCCUCGAGAUGCCUGCUCAGCAAUCGCUGCUGAGUCAUACAAACUAUGGCUGGAGCAUGAAAAUAGGACAGAUGAUAUAACAAUAAUCAUUGUGCAUAUCCGGGACUCUGAAAUUUCAGGUCCUGCAGGGAGCGACAAAGUGGACUAUGGUAGCAUCGGAGCAUCAAUAGCUGCGCACACAGUACAGUCAGAGAUACCUGUAUUUGUACCACCAGAAGCAAGUCAGUUGAACAGAUGUGCUGCUACCGAAAUGCAAUCAUCAUCCUCAGGCUCUCCAACAGAACGAAGCCUCUCCUGCGUUGCUCCUUCUCCUAUGCACCCUUUGUUGAUACACGGUAGAAUAUCAGAUGCUUCCAAGCCUAUGCGUAGUGAGCAAGCUGCAUCACAAGUGCAACCUUGGCAUCAGGUGGAUGGUGGUACUGAGCUGGAACAGCCUAUGCAAUAAAGUAUGCAUCCAGCCUCCUGCUGAAUAUGGAGUAUCCAAGGUAAAUGGCGAAAAGAGGCCUUGCCAUACCCCAUGGCCAUCCUCCGGUGCUACUAACCAUGCCAUGGAUGUGAUGUUGGUCAGCGGCAAAUCUCAGUGUUGCUCGUGUUUUCUUAGAGCACCGGCCGCAAACUGACGAUGCUAAGGUUCUGACCGAAGUUGGGGGUCAUCUAACCAGGGGAUUGAUUAGUGGUGUUGGGCGCCACCAUAAGUGUUGUAUGUGGAAUGGAGUUAUUAUCUAUUUAUUGUAUUUGUUCACUUUACCAGUUUAUUUAAUUUAAGUUGAUGCUUGCCGUGGUAUGGUAUGGGAUGCAACCCUGAGGUGUCAUUCUGCCACAGAAUUAGGAUCUGGAAUUGAAAUGCGGGUGCCGUGCAGAACAAAUCAGGUUGAAGCUUUCACAAGGAAAAA